AUAUACAAGAUGGCGGCGUACACAUUGUUGGAUUACAUCAUGGAGCAAAACAAUGAUUACAUUUAAUAACAGAGCAUUUUCUAAAUUCAAACGAACCCCCUGCAACUAGACAUGGAUGUUUAAAAGACUUGGUGUCUUCCAAGUCAGGAAUUGAGAAAGUAUCGCCAAGGGAGAGAGUUAUACUGUGAGUCGCCAUCAUCAUCAUGGCAGACUUUGACCAUGACCAGCAGGAGCCUGCAGGACUAGAUGGCUUGCCAGCCAUGUACAGUAUUGUGAAGGGAGAGGUGGCUUCUGUACAGACCUACGGAGCCUUCAUCAAGAUUCCUGGCUACAGGAAGCAGGGAUUGGUUCAUAUCAGUGAGUUGUCAGCCUGUAGGGUUGAGAAUGUUGCAGAAGUCGUUGACGUGGGAGAGCAGGUGUGGAUCAAGGUCAUCGGGAGAGAGAUGCGUGAUGACAAGGUGAAGCUCUCCUUCUCAAUGAAAGCUGUCAAUCAAGGAACAGGGAAAGACCUGGACCCCAACAAUGUCAUAGCAGAGCAGGAUGAGCGGAGGCGUAGACAGUUCAAAGAUGGUACAGGACGGAGGAUCACAUUGGAGGCUGUACUCAACACCACCUGCAAGAAGUGUGGCUGCAAAGGUCACUUCGCUAAGGACUGUUUCUCGGCCCCAGGGCUGCAGUAUGAUCUGAUACCUGAGGAGGGCGAUGAUGAGCCUCAGCAGCUACAGAAAGAGCCUAUCAACCCCAACCUCAUCCCACUCGCAGUCCGCAAAACCCAACCUCCACAGGACUCACACAAGAAGAAGAAAAAGGAGAAAAAAGAGAAAAAGGAGAAGAAGGGGAAGAAGAAGAAGAGGAAGAGAGAGAGGAAGGAGUCCGAAAGUGACAGCAGCAGCAGUGGACCCAGUCAGGCCAAGAGAGGGCGCCAUGACGACAGAGAGGACAGAAAGAAGAAGAAACACAAGAAACACAAGUCCCACAAACACAUCUGAGACUGAUCUGACGGACUGACACACAUACAUUGCACUAAACACACACAAAUGACACUGUAAA